AAUUUAAGAGAGAAGUUAAAUACUGGGGCACAUCUCAGCCUCAGCACUUUGAGAAGUUUGACUACUCAGGCAACAUGAAGGUCCUCUUUCUUCUGGGAUUCAUCUUCUUCUCCAUGGCAGCCCAUGGUAAAAGGAUGGAAAGAUGUGAAUUUGCCAGAAGAAUAAAGCAGCUACACCUGGAUGGGUACCAUCAGAUCAGCCUGGCUAACUGGGUGUGCUUGGCACAGUGGGAGAGCGGCUUUGACACCAAAGCUACAAACUACAACCCUGGAGAUCAAAGCACUGAUUACGGGAUAUUGCAGAUCAACAGUCACUACUGGUGUGAUGAUGGCAAGACACCACAUGCAGCAAAUGAGUGUAAAGUCAGGUGUUCAGAACUUCAGGAAGACGACCUUGUUAAAGCAGUAAAUUGUGCAAAGAAGAUCGUAGAUCAACAAGGCAUUCGUGCAUGGGUGGCCUGGCGAAACAAGUGUGAAGGAAAAGAUCUUUCCAAAUAUCUUGAAGGUUGCCAUCUUUAACCUGCCACCUUUAGGACCUUCAACUUAUCAUGAUUCCUCUGCCUAUAAAGAAGCUUUUUCAAAUCAAAAAUUAAUUUUUCUCUCUUAAAAUACCAUUUUCUCAAAUAAAUCUGGCGUAGAUGAAACAACUA